AUGGCGUGCCUCACGACAGGCGUGCUUACGGAUUCCGAUCUCAUGCCGGUGAUGAUCGCUUUCUUCGAGAAGUUCGGCUCUGUGACCGAGAUGAGCCGCAGUGCAGGCCAGUUGGAGGAGGUGUGGCAAUCCCUGCUGACAGCUGUGAAGAUUGCUGGUGCGACCCCUGAGAAGAACGUUAUCGGGGCUGCUGCUGCCACCAUCAACUUGGUCAUGCGCAUGUGUCUGUCGAUGGACGGUGAGAGCGCCGACUUCGAGAAGCUGACGCGUGUGGAAUGGCGUGAGGUCGUGAACUGGCCUGAGCUGCGCAUGUUUCCCACCGAGUUGCGCAGCCCAGAGGGGUGUUUGGCGCAGCUCAAGAAGCAUCGCGCGGCCGUUCGUUUUCUUGAGGAGCUGGAGUCGCACUUCUGGAAUUACAAGACCGAAAGGCCGCCUCCGAUCUACGCCAUCAUGGUGGAUGCACGUCGUCUGGUUCAGCAGCAGGAUUCGAUGUUGAAGACGAUAUUCAACAACUUGGUUGAGAGCAAGGCCCAGAAGAAUGAGCCCGAGGCCGAGGCGUCCAGGAGUCCAGCGUUCGGAAGCAUUGAAGUCAUUGAAGCAUGCUCUCCGACUCCAGUUUUGAAUGUUGAGUCCCAGGAAGUUUUCCAGGCGGGGAGACUUCUGGCAACAGAGCGGCGACAACCGCUGGGUCAGCUUGUGAUCCAUGGCCGCAGUCAUGUUGAUGAUUGCUAUGAUGCUUCUGAAAAAUCUGCACACAAAAAAGAAAUCUUUGUGGUGGAAGAGUUCUGCACCAAUGUGGAGCUUAGUGUGCAGCAUCUCAAGCAGAGCUGGCCCCAACAAGAUGGAGCACCGGUGCCUCGGGUUGAGGACGGCGAGGCCGCGGAGGGCGGAAUUGAUGACAUUUUGGCCGACCUUCGCGCCCAAGACCCGGAUCUGCCGGGAUCUGAAGGUGCAGCUGCCAGCAUCACGGAGCGCCGAGUGUUGCCACUCUGCUCGCUUGGACAAGGCCCGGCUGCUUCAGGCGUUCGGGGUUUUGCGCUGUUCUUCGUAAGUUCUUUGCAAAAGGGGCUGUCCGACGGUCCCGCUAUGAUGGGCUGUUAG